GCCACGGCACUAGAACUUGUGAGUUACUCCUGAGCCUUAUUCAGGAAUAUCUUCUGACUUUCUUCCUUGGACGGGUCACUGCUCAAGUUGUCGAUUAAAGCCGGUCCAUACGAGCAGGGUCUCCAUCUCAUAACCAACCAGUAUCCUAUUCAUCCCGCAGCUACUCAGCAACUUUAUUCGAACACACUUUCUUCUAUCCCUCUAGCUUCAGAGCUCCCUGAUUUACAAUCAUGUCUGCCGAAAUUUCCAAUGACCAAUAUACCAAAGUUGGCAUUUGGAUCCCCGUAACCGAUCCAAGCCGUGCCCGCAAGUUCUACUCGUCUGUGUUCGAUUGGAAAUGCAUGGAGACAGGCAGCCCUUCGCUACUCGAGGGUAUCAAGGAGACUUACUUCUUCACAAAAGGAGGUGCUCUUUAUGGAUGCUUCUUCCUCACGGAUGAACCCAAGACUACAGAAGCUUCAGUUAGCCAUAUCGGCGCCCAUACCGUUUUCUCCGUGAAGGAUAUUGAGGAAUCUCUGAAUCUCAUUGCGAAAAGUGGCGGCUCCACACAUGCUGGAAAGACAAGCUUUGGUCCAUUUGGGGGUUCUGUUGCCCGAUUCGUUGACACCGAGGGGAAUAUAAUGGGAAUAUAUGCUAUGAAUUGAGAAGGAAACUGUCACUCUAUUUCUAGAAUCGUUGAGUCUGCAAAGUCGGAGAAAAUUCGGAUAUAUAGUGUGUUCGGAAGGCUAACUUUUCCGUGGCGAUCAGCGAAAUGGAGUUGAUCCCCCUUCGUUGGACGAGUUUGGAACUUGGAAAACUUCAUCGACAGAACCUUCAAUAUCACCAUGAUAUUUCGAGCGAAAGCUGAC